UCAGAAUCUAAGCAGUGCUUGCUAUAUAUAUAAAUAGCCAAUGCAAGUCUUAUACAGCGCAAGGCUAAGAGAGAGAGAGGAGGAGGAGGAGGAGGAGAGAAAAAAAAAAGGAGAUGGGCAAUAGCCUAAGGUGUUGCUUAGCUUGUGUUCUCCCUUGUGGUGCACUAGACUUAGUCCGAAUCGUGCAUCUCAACGGUCAAGUCGACGAGUUUAGCUACCCGAUCUCCGCCGCGAAGAUCCUCGAAGCAAACCCCAACCAUCUUCUUAGCAAGCCAUGUUACUCUCAAGGGGCUACAAAGAAAAUUGUGAUCGUAUCGGCUGAUGCAGAGCUCAAGCGAGGAAACAUAUACUUUUUGAUACCCAAGUCGUCUUUACCGUCAGAAAAUAAGAAAAAAGAUCACACGAAGAAAAGACAUAAUAACAACAGCAGUGGCAUGGUAAGUACGUUGGACCACGACAACUAUCUUAGAGAUGUCCUCUCCAAGAAAAAUUGUAGUAGUCACCGAAGGCGGAGGGGCGCUCGGGUCGGAGUGUGGCGACCGCAACUUGAGAGUAUUUUAGAGGAGUCCUGACUCAAAUUUGGUUUUUCUUUUACUUUCUUUUAAAAAGUUUUUAUUUUUUCAUCCUCUUAUGUGGAUAUAAUGUGGUUCUUUUUUUUUUUUUUUCCCUUCCACAUGUUGAGGGAUUUUCCCUUUUUAUCUUAUCAGAUCCUGUAUUGGGAGAUGGAAAACUAAAAAAAAAACAAAAAAAAAAGAAAGAUCAAUGGUCA